UUCUAGUACUGAAUGAGUGAGAAUUUAAUAUAUGUUCAGUAUUUGCCAUGCAAGCCGAGGACUUUUAUUUUGUGAAGUGACGUGAUAUCCGCUGGCGUCACAGCAGCAAGAUGGCGGCGGGCGGUAGCGGUGAAGAUGCGUUUCAGACCUUUUAUACAGAGGUGAAGCAGAUCGAGAAAAGAGACUCGGUUUUGACCUCCAAACAGCAGAUCGACAGGUUACUGCGACCCGGAGCUUCAUACUUCAAUCUCAACCCGUUUGAGGUGCUUCAGAUCGACCCCGAGGCCACAGACGAGGAGCUGAAGAAACGCUUUCGACAGCUGUCCAUCCUCGUCCAUCCAGACAAGAACCAGGAUGAUGUGGAUCGAGCCCAGCAGGCGUUUGAAGCGGUUGAUAAGGCCUAUAAGAUGCUGCUGGAACCGGAGCAGAAGAAGAAAGCGUUGGACGUGAUCCACGCGGGGAAGGAGUACGUGGAGCACAUGAUGAGCCAGAAGAAGAAGCAGCUGAAGAAGGACGGGAAGCCCAUCGAUGUGGAGGAGGACGACCCGGAAGCGUUCAGGCAGGCGGUUUAUAAACAGACCAUGAAACUCUUCGCCGAGCUGGAGAUCAAGAGAAAAGAGCGGGAAGCAAAAGACAUGCACGAACGGAAGAGACAAAGAGAAGAAGAGAUCGAGACGCAGGAACGAGCCAAGAGAGAGCGAGAGUGGCAGAAGAACUUUGAGGAGACGCGCGACGGCCGCGUGGACAGCUGGAGGAACUUUCAGGCCAAAGGCAAGACUAAGAAAGAGAAGAAGAACCGGACGUUCCUGAAGCCGCCCAAAGUGAAGAUGGAGCAGCGCGAGUGAAAGACGGACGUCACGUGACGCUCGUUCUGUACAUAUCCAUGAGGAAUUGUGAUUGUUUGCGUCGGUCUUCAUGUAGUGUAUAGAGACAAACAAACAUUGACAGUUUUUCUUCUUGUUUUAUUCCUGACAUGGUGUUUUUCUUCUGCAAAUAAACAUUUGUUUGUAGAUGUUUAGUUGUAGUUUUUAUAUUGUAAACAAUUAAAUCAUUGUUUUUGUCCAA